UGAAGGGUAGACUGUAACAGCCUGAGAUAAUUAUUUUAUGGCACCAGAAUAAAACAGUAAUUUGAAUCCUGGAUUAAGUGACUUUAAAGAUAUCCAUAUAUCAAUGCCAAACAAUAUAUAAUAAAGAACUCUUAUCCUUAAAGUAAGGGUACGAAUAAAGGUAAAUAUUAUAACCAAAACAUGUCAUUUUAACAGUUUAAUAUAUUCAAUAUUGUAUCAUGUACAUGUUAAACAUAGUUGAUAAUAAUAGCUCUCUCCACACAAUGACCUAAAUCAAACAGCUGCUGCACAAUGAGACCCAGUAUUUGUUGGCUCACUUAACAUGGAACGUAUUGAUUUUUAGAUAAUACAGUAAGGUCAUUUUCUUUGGAUUUUAAAUAAGGUUUAUAUUUACUGCAUAUUUUUCCAUCAACAAUAUCUUUCUUAAAAUGUUUGGAAGUAACCUUAUUAGGGAAAAUUGUUAAGGAUAAAAUGUAAUAUUCCCCAUAUAAGAGCAAUAUAUGACAAUUGUGAAUCAGUCAUUAGAUGCAGGCACCUUUAGAAUUUUAAAAAUUCAUAUAAUUAACUCAAACCAUGGAGUUUUAAUGCUAUUUGUUUUAAUAUAAUAAUAUUUAAGCUUCCCUUUUGUAGAAAUCCAUUAACAAUGUGGGUCACCCCUACAGAGGAGGGAGAGAUUUGUUUCCAUAUCAAUCCAUCUAAAAGUUGCCAUUAACCAUGACCUCUGUCUUUAUAGUGUUUCGCUGUAGAGCCGUUCAUCUCGCAGAUAUAAUGGAUGGCCCACAAGAUUUCUAUGUGCAUCAUUGUACAAGGCGGGGCAACGUUGGAAAAAUGACAUGGAGCCUGCUAUCGCACAACAGAGUGGUUUGCUUAUGUGUUUGCAUCCGCAUGGAGCCUACUGGCAUGAAGCACUGGAGCCAAGGAUCAACCCUGGAGACAUGAAUGAUUUUGGUGUCCAUGUUCUCAUCACACCAACAGGAUAAUCUACUGAAGACAUGUUAUUUCAAGAUGAAGAUUGACACCAGCCUGAGCAUGCUCCAGCUCCCAGAGGCCCUGUCCCAGGCAGGCCUUCAGUUUUCUGUUGCCACUGAGGAGGACUUUGAUGAGAUCAUGGGCAUGAGCCAGGGUAUCUAUGGAGGCCUCGACUACCUGCCCACAAGAUACACCGACUGGCUGCAGGAGACCAACCGCACCGUCAUAUUGGCCCGCAAACAGGGAAAAGUGAUUGCUCUGGAGUCAGUGGUUGUGAUUGACGAUGGGGAGACGAUGCUGGUGGAAGGUCUACGUGUCGCCCCUCAGGAAAGGGGUAAGGGUGUGGCUGGGGUUCUGCUGCGCUUUUGCUCUGAUCUGGUCAAAUCCAAGUUCCCUGAUGUCAAAGUAACCCGCUUGACCCGUGACGAUCAGCUCGGACCCAAGGAUUUCCAGAAAUAUCGCCUCAUAACCAAGCAGGGUAUUCUCCUGGUGCGCUUCAGGGCUGAAGAACUCAAGCUGCGUCUGUCUGAUCUUGGUCUUGGAGAUAUUCAAUCUUCUUUGUCCACCUCCUUCAAACCUCCUCCAGUGCGUCUCGACAAUACAGCCAUCCGCCAGCUGUAUCUGACCUCUGAUCGGAUGCAUGGGGUCCUUCCUAACGCCACCAUCAUUCAAGAUUGGCAGCCAUUCAAGCUUCUACCCAGUAACAUGGCUAUUGUACUGAAAAAGGACAUUGACUGGAUGGUCGAUGAUGUGGCCAACCCUACUGUGGCCAGCCUCUGUACAUUCCCUUUCAGGGUGCCCAUUGGAGAUGACUGGUAUUACCUGAACAUUGACAUGUUCGGUAAGGACCUGGAUCAUGUCCGGCAGCAGUUCCUGUGCCACCUGCAGCGCCACACUGCCACUCUGAAGGGUCACGUGAUGUGCCAGAUGUUCCUGGACCCGCCACUCUGGAAGCCCAUGAUGGAAUUCUGCCGCAACAUCUUGAACGUGGAGCUGGUGAAGGAGUACACCGAGCAAUGCGUGGUGGAGUCAGACGUCAUCUAGCUACGGGAGGUGGAUGGAGAGGAGUAGGAGACGUUGGAGCCAGAAAGGAAUAAGGACAAGGGGCAAAACAACAAGGAGUGGACACAACUCAAUUACACAAACAAAAAAAACCUUUGUAUUGAGGAGGUAGAAACCAGGCAAACAAAAUGUAGGCUCUACAAAACAAAACAAGUUUUUGCUGGUAGCGCAGUUUCAUUUGACGAUACCUAAAUAUAUACAGAGGGUGGGCAUGAAAUAACAUGAAGUAAUCAGAUACAAUAAGUCUGUUACAAAUACAUUUGUAAAGGCUAUGAUAUUCAAUUGUUGUUUGAGGUGUUGAUAAAACCUCAUAUUUUUAGGUACAAUUUGUAAGGCCUUAUAGUUUUGAGGUGUGGUUGAUACUUUGUGACCAAAAAAGAGAAGGGGCUUAAACAUUAACAGUAGAUGUUUCCAUGGGUCCAAAUAACACCUUCAAUUGCAUAAAUACAUUUUUUUUCUUAUUCAACCCAAUUUAAAGGGCAUCCAAGAGUAGUCAAACACAAUUUGAAUUGAAAGAUGAUUAUUGGGCGGGUGUUUGGCCCAACACAUUGCUUAAAUGUAUACAAUCCAAUGAUUGGAAACUGAUGCAGUCCAAAGCAACAACACUACAAACUCAAUCCUCACAUUUAAAUAUGGAGUUGAAUCAUUACUUUAUUAGUUUAUCCUGACUAUGAUUACAGGGGCUUUUAUUAAUAUGUCCACCCUCUGUAUGUCAUAUGACUGGGGAAGGUAUAAUAAGAGUGAUGAGCUUGGGAAGGCUUUCUCACACCGGUAGCAGUGAUGUACCCUGAAACCUAAAAACAGUCAACAUGCAAAUGCUAUUCUUUUAUAAGAAAACAAAUCUAUUACCCUUAGGGCAUCUCAAACCUUUCAUCUAUGUUCUUUCUGUAAAUAUUAACCUUUAAAUAUGUACACGAGCUGAGUUGGGUUACUAAAUCUGCACAACUCUGAAGGCACUUUAUUAAAACUACGGACAGGUUGAGUCUACGUUAGAAUGAAAGGAAUAGUUCAGGAUCAAAUAGGGGUAAUUAACAGAUCCCAUCACUCUUUUGUUGAUUGGUGCAUCUUUCAACUAGUAGGCUAUUCCUUGUAAACAACAACAACAAAUCUCUGCAGAAACAACAAACAAAGCCUGUCAUUUUAAAUGAACGUGCUCAGUCACAAAACGGCUGCCAAUUUAUCCUUCGUCAUGUUCAAGCUUAUGUCUUAGCUUUUGUCUUUUUUAUUGUUUUAAAUCUUUUACUGUAUAUAUAUGUUACUAAUUUAAUAUUUUCACUUAAAUGCUGCAAUAAAAUUUUAACAGAAAUUAAUAACUUCUGAAGCUGUAAGUGAAGUUGAGGCUUACUUUUGUAGUUUGCCAGCAUAAUGCCAAACAAAAUGCUAAUGCUUGACAUUUUUUAACAGACUACUGUGCAGUUUACUACUGGCUUCAGCUAAUGCAGGGAGGAGGAGAACUGAAACAACUGUUUGAAUUAACAGGAAUCUACUGAUGUUUUAACCAUCUUUAGCUGGCAAACGCCUUUUGAAAAAUACUGUCGUCUGUGACUAUAGAGUAAGACCAGAGUUAGGACAACUUCAAACAUGUUAGAGCACACUAAUCUCUAGUUUAUUGUCUAGACAGAAUAUUGUGGUUUAUACCACGGCCAAGGACAGUACUCAUUUCUGAACAAUUGGCACGUGUCUAUUGAAAUGCUAACUGCAUGGCUAUGUUGGUUUGUAUGUUGGUCCAUCACUUUUUUACAGACAGAAGUAUCUUGACAAAUAAGCCUGCUAAAUGAAUCGCCCUGAAAUGUGGUAGAGUUAACUAAUUCUAUAAUCCCUUGACUUUUCAUAACGGCACCAGUAGGCAUACGGUUUUUACUUAUGCAGUGAAAUAUUUCAGCAUUUCACACAGAUUGGCCGACAAUUUAGUCCAACUUUUAAUACACACAUGCAUGUCUCCUCGGGAUAGAUUGUAAUAACUUUGAAUGACUUUUCAUCUGGCAGAUGAAAUCAGAUCACCAUUUUCAUUUUGUUUAAAACUCAAAUACCUACAAAACUAAUUACAUUCCCAUCAGCCUCAGCUCUUAUUUUUUAUUUAUUAGCAAAUGCUAAAUUAGCAUGAUAACAUGCCUCACUGAAAUGGGAUACAUGUUAUAUAUUAUACCUGCUAAAAAUGAUCAUGUUAACUGUCAUUGGGAGCAUAUUAGCAUGCUAACAUUAGCAUUUAGCUCAAAGCAUCGCUGUGCCUGUGCAGCCUUGCAAAGCUGCUAGCAUUGCUGUAGACUUGUUUUUUUGGUGAGUGGCCAUAAGCACAAUACCAGUGUGUCGCCAUAGAGAAAAUAAUGAACUUGUUGGAGGUCCAUUAGCCACUACAUUUUCAACUUUAUAAAGGCAUCUUAACAGGCCUUAAAUGUUUUAACAAUUUUUUUUUACAUUUUCUUAAUUGCCCCUUUGGCAUUAAAAUGACAUCAAGCAUCCAUAGCGCAGAAAACACACACUUGUUACACUCUCUAAAUCUCCCUUUAAAUGCCCAUUUAGAGGGUGGGACACCCGACCAUUAAUCUGAGCCAGAGAGAAGAAUCUUGUUGGGAAAACAUCUCAGUUUGUAUACAACUAUUUUACCUCCCUGUUGCCUUGACCAACUAUUUUCUUGACUUCGACCCCUUUCUUCUUCUGGUAUACAAUUUUAUAGGUGUAAGAAUGACUGGGCCUUUUUCUAAGACUAAUAAUGAGUCAAAUCGUCAAAAAGUAUGGAAGGAAAAAUCCAUUAAAGAUUAAUAUUUUAGCAAAGGCUAGUAGAGUGGCCAUAAUCUUCGACAUUUUCCAGGGAGCAUAGCAAAAUAGGAGGAAUAAUAUAUUUUUACCGUAAUGUUUGUAACCAAAGAAAGUCACCACUCAUCUAUACAGAUGCCCUAUCAUUUGCUGCCAGGAGUGAAGUGAGGAUAUAGAAGGAUAGAAACCAUGGGUGUGAUUAUUGUUUUCACGUGAUCACAAACUAUUUUUUGUAAUUUAUUUAUAAAAAUCUCUGUUAAUUUGUGAUCACCUUAUUUGGUCUUAACCCAAACUGCGUUCUCAUGAUUCUGAUUCGGAUAUGAUAUUGAUAUUGAUGCCAAAAGAGGCCCUACUUUAAGACAAAACCCCUUUGCUAACAUUCUGAUUUGGUAGCUCAUAUUCUGGAUUUCCCUAAAAAAUUAAAAUUAGUCAAAUAUUUCCCUAUAACAUUCGUAAAUUAUGUAUAGCAUUCCCUUUUGAAUAGACAAUUAGACUAGUUUCAUUUAAAAUGCUAGAGAUGGUAUCCCAGUGGUAGGAACCAGUUAGUUUUCAGUUUAGUUAGUGUGUGAGCUGAUCAUUUCCAUUUAUUCAUCCUGGUUCCGGUCUAAGCAUGGUAGUCCAAUUAUACCUUCCAUUAGCUGCAUCCACUGGGGAAUCCUGUGGGAUUCCAAGGUAUUCCCUGAUGUGAUAACCUUUGUAUUCCAAUCAGAAUGACCUUUGUCUGACCUGGUGUCUCCAACCAAUGAAACAUGCCCGAAUAAAGAAAGGUGUCCUUGAGGCAGGGUGAACCGGGUUAACUGAUUCGAAAACCCUUGCUGCUUGGAUCGGCAAUCUCAUUCCUUUCGAUCUUCGCCAUUCAUUCAGGGUUGGAAAGUAGCUCGACUGGUUAGGGUUAGGAGAUUUGCCUCAACUAUGACAGUCCGGGUUAGGGUUAGUCCGUCAGUUAUCACAUAAUAGUUGGCACACAACAGUUUGUCUGUUGAUAUCAUUUCAUCACAUCACACACCAAGACGAGAUCUUUACUUAAGGUAGUAACUCUGUCUUAACCCAAAGUGACUACUCACCAUCAUGAUAUUAGGUGAAGGCCAGAAUGUUAAUUGAUUGGUAAAUCCAGUUUGUGACUUCCAGGCUCAGGUCCAUCUUAACCAAAACAGUUAAGUAAAUCCAUGUAAUCCUCACUUGUCCACAAGACCCUAAUACUCAGGUUUCUUGUUGGCAAGUUGUCAGCCCCAACUCAAAACAAUCAUGAGAAAUCAGUUUGGCAGGUUCCAUUCAUUUUGUUGUCACACAAAAUCAAAGCGUGUUCAUCUUUCUUUUGAUUUUAAGGAAAUAACAAUCAUCUUAACCCAUGUCCUCUACUGCCUUGUGUGCUUCUGUAUGAAGAUGUCUAGGAAGAUAAAGAUUUGAAAAGCCUUUAUGCAGUGAUGAAGAAAUGUACAUAUGCAGCCCUUCUCCAUCCCCAACACACAAACAUACACACAUCUCAUACCCUUAGUAUAGUUAACCAGCUGUGUAAUCUUUGAAACUCUGUAGAAUUAGCUAGAUGUUUUCCCCACAAUCAAAUACACCCUCUGUUAAAUUCCACAUAACCCUAACAUAGCAAGUAGGAUUAUCCUUUGACAGAUUAUUAUAAAUAUACUCAUACAUUUAUUUGUUGUUGUCUUGUCAUAAUAAUAUGUAAUACAUGUAUAUACGGUACGUUUUGCUGGAAAGCCACUGGAGUUUGUGAGAAUGAAGACUUAAUGUUAACACUUAAACGGCCAAAAAGCUUAUGAAGCCUCAUUUGUAGGUACUGUAAUAAGCCGUCUGAGAACCUGUCAACACAUCACUGAUCACCUCACCUUUUCAAAAAAAUAAAACAUUCUAUUUUCAAUGUUCACUUAAUGUGCUCUACCACCACUUCACUUUUAGCACCAUUUCAGCAUGCUAUGCGUUCUUGAGUCCUGAUAUUAUAUUCUUCAAAGGGGGGGUAGGGGGCAUUUUUGUAGGCUUUCUUCCCCAGCUACAAGUCAACAAACUCAUGUAAAAACUUUCUUCUAUCUAAAGGCCUUGGUAUGCUUCAAAGGAAGUAGGAUGUAGGAGGAACAUUUUUAUACCUGUUAUAAAUGACCACUAUAAAGUCUGCCAUCAUGGCCUCUCUUUUUAGUAAUCGUAAAGAUAACGUUUUACAUUCCCCGUGAUCCCCGGGCUUCUAGACACUUAGAAAAUACGUUUCUUUGAAGCAUACUGAGGCCUUAAAGUUUGAAUUGUAUUGCUUGAAGUAUUUUUGUGUACAAACAAACCAUUUUUUUACCCUUCAAGUUGCUAGGGUCAUGGCAACGUCAAUAAAUUGGCCUGGUCAGUUUCAAUCAAUUUGUGCUGCCAAUUUGAGUUUUGUCAUUUUUUUUACUUGAAUUCUACAAACUGUUUUGCUACUGUGCUCCUAAAAAAAACAAAGAGGAAAGUUUCUAUAGCUCUAAUGUAAGCUACUUUAUUCUAUAAAGUUGACUCAGUCAUCAUCACAUGUGAAAAAAAGCAUCUUUGGGAUGCUUUUAUUAUGGCUUCCAAACAAUUUGACAAUGGCAUGCAAAUGAAUUUGGCAGAAGCUGUACAUUUGUUUGUUUCAUUGCAUGUUAAUGUUCCAAAUUGGUCAUUACAUCUGUAAGUCCUAAAUGUACAUGCCUAUAUAACACUAUUUAACAUCAGAGCCAAAGGUGAAGAGACUCCUACGAACUUCCGAGGUGUAAAACCUGAAGCAUUCACAUAUUAAAAACACGUUUCUGCCAUUGAGUUCUACCGAUUGAGAUAAAUCCAACAAAUGUGGUUUUCAUGAAAUUCUGUGAUUAAAACUCUUCAUACUGCAAACUAAAAAGAAAAAAUCAUUCAGCCUAACACUUUCCUUCAAUUUAGCUAACACAGGCCAACCGAGGUCUUGGAUUAACCUCUUUAAUACCAUUUAUUGUCUUUUUUUAAUUAAGGGUCUAUACAUUCUAACUUAUAGUUUAAUAAUGGUCAAUAGUAUAAAAUGCUUUAUGGGUCAGUAAUAUGGAAAACAUUUUGGUUACAAGAUUGUGAAAACCCCAUUUGGAGUACAGCGCAUUUUAUGGUUUUUAAAUUGCUCUUUAGCGCUUGGCCACAUAUCUUCUGGGCUUUGGUUGUUGUUUCUUUUCCACAUGUACAGAUUUUGGGUACAUUAGUGUUGUUACCUAGCCAUUUUGAAGGCAGUGGCCUAGAUCUGCAGAUAUCUUUAAUGUGUCCUCAUCUGCCACCACUGUUAAGGUUUGGUAUAUUGUGGUUUAGGUUAAAAGAAUAACUACUUCUUAAAGGUUAAAGGACCUAUAUCAAGAUAUAUUGGUUUAAAGAAACUAGCAGAAUAGAUAGGAAAUGGGAAACAAACGCCACAUAUCCAGGUUUUUAAAACUGUAUAGCAACAACGUAAUUGCUACAGCUGUCACGCUCUGACAAGACAGGUCAUGCAUGAUACACAUGGUCAAUAGACGUCCUCACCAGAAAAUGGUUGUACUUUGGCAUUUGAACAAACUAUUUGUGCUGUCAUUUGAAUGGUUAGAGGAUCCCUAAAGAUUGUUCACAACCUCAUAAUCCAAAAGCUUUGUAAACUCGUUUUAGUACUGCUUAAUAAAGCAUAACUAAAUAAAUGUAUUACCCAUAACCAAAGUAACAGCAAGAAAAACUGCAUACUACUGUCUAAUUAACCAAUGUACCAUUUAUAAAGGGUUUAUGCUAACGUACAGCUAGCAUAGACACACAACACCAGCAUGUAAGUGUCAUGGAUAGUAACAAAGAGGAUGUAUUUGAUUAUAAGGAAAUUAAGGUUAGCUAAAAAGGGUUAACAUGUUGGUUAUAGAACCCAGUAGCGCCCCAAAAUCCCAUUAAUCAGGGAAAGUAUCUUCAGCCUUGUUAGUUUCAGAUGAGUUUCCAGUUUUCCAGAGUGCUGGAUGCCAUGCUUACUUAUAAUAUAGUAAGCUGAACAUAAAUAACUGAACAUACAAUAUGUUCAGUUAAUGCACUGGAUUUUAUGCAUAAUAUUUCUACACUGGAUGUGGAUGCAUUGUGUGCUUGAGGGAAGCUCGAAGAAGUGCCAAAUUUCAUUACUGCUAAACUUCCAUGUUUGUCUAUUAGCCUAUGAAAUUUAAGAAAAAGCAACAAACGUUUUAAUUCACAACAUGAGCUUACGUUGAAAAGUAAUGCCUAUAGCACACAAACAAAAGUAAAAAGUGAUGUCAUCAUUGGUUGAAUGUGAUGCUGAAUUUAAUUAUUGGAAGUAAUUUUGGUUACUCAUAGCACUUUGUUUGAAAAAUUUGAUACUUGUAUACUUUGUAUACAAGUUAAUAAAAUGCUAACACAUUGUGCUGCAAGCCCUAUAAGUACUAUAGGGUUACGUGUUAUAUUAAUGUAUGUAUUAUACUUAUUGUACAAGCCAUUGAGUUAGUGGGUAAAGCAGCAUGCACUUUAGUUGUCUUUGGCAAUAAUAGAUAGGCUCCCUUCUCCUGUAAAGUAGUAUCAACUUCAGUGAAAAUCACUUUCUUGUUCUUGUGGAACAUCUUGAUGUCCAGAAACAAUCAUCCAGUGUCAUGUGAGAUAAGCCUUUUUCUGACAGUUUAAUAAUGUUCCUCCAAAGCUGAAUCAUUUGACAAAUGACAUGUAGAGCAGUUUGUACAUCAAUACAGUGGCAUUGAAAAUAAGACUUUAUUUUAACAACAGAAUAACACAAUCAAUGGUUCAAAUGGCUGUGUUGUGGGAAGUAAUGCAGGUUUGGGUUGGUUAAGCGAGAGAUAAAAGACAAGAGAUAAGAUAAAAAGGUAACCAUGCACAUUUUGUAUACUAGUUUUGAAGUACUUUUUGUGAGUAAUUCCAUUUUGUGAGACCUUAUACUUUUACAUUUCAUAGGAAAUAUUGUCCUUUUUACUCCACUACAUUAACCUGUAGUUACUAGUUACUAAUUUUGUUCAAUGCAAAUUAUAAACAAGAUGCACUGCUAGAGUUUAAACUAGCCAGUGUCAUGAUAGAAAUGUGUAGGCUUCAAAGAUUUUAUUUUAAUAUGCACCCAAUGAUGCAAAUCUCUGUACAUUAAAUCUCUGUGCUUGAUUUGUAGUGAUUGCUAUAUCAUGGCUUGAUUGGUAAUGCUUUGAACCUCCAGAAGGCGGAACAUGAACAAACUUCUCCAUUUGUUGUAUUUUAAGUAAAGACAAGUGCUGAGUCUG